GGACGGAGUCGUCAGGCGGCACCGGCGGCAGCUCCGCCGCCUUCUCCUCCCCUUCUCCAUCCCCGCCGCAGCCGCUCACGCUGCUGGUGAUGCAGCCCUGCGGCGGGGGCGGGGACGGGGAGGCGGUGGGCGCCAUGCUGCAGCCGCCGGGCCCGGCCGCCCAGGCCGCCUCGGAAGCGGGCGCGGCUCAGGGCGGCCUCAUGCUGGUCUACGAGCUGGACCCUGCGGGCCAGGCGGAGGCGGGCGGCGAGAGCGCGGGCAGCCCCGGCGGCGGCCUGGACGAGCUGGACGACGAUGAGGAGGGCGGCGGGCAGGGCGGCGGCGGCUGCAAGAGCUGCACCUACCAGGGCUGCCGGGAGACCACCACGCAGGUGGCCAAGCAGCGCAAGCCCUGGAUGUGCAAGAGGCACCGCAACAAGAUGUACAAGGACAAGUACAAGCGCAAGAAGAGCGACCAGGCCCUGGGCGGCGCCGGAGGCCCGCCCGCAGCCGCGGCAACGCAGGGAGCAGCGGGCGGAGGAGCCGCCCCGGGAGGCGGCGGGCGGGUCGAGGAUUGCACUGAAAAUGCAGCUUCUGCAUCAAAACAAAGAACGGGUUCUAUUGGUGAUCGGCCAGCAAAACCUACGCUUUUGGAGCAAGUGUUGAACCACAAAAGACUGUCACUUCUUAGAAGUCCAGAAGUUGUGCAUUUUCUACAGAAACGACAGCAGUUGUUAAGUCAACAAGCUUUGGAGCAAAGGCAGCAACAGUUCUCUGGAGCACCAGUGUGAUAGCUGUGUGAUAGCAAACUCAUAUUUUUAUUGGAAAAUAACUUCUUCCACCAUUUUAACUGUUGUAGGAGACGUUAACAGAAUUCUGAACUGCUGUCAUUGUGGAGUGUGGUUUCAGUUGCUAUUUAGAUUGUUCUAGGUUUGCUGAUUUGUCUAUGCCCUUUGUGUUUCAGCAAUGAUGUUUGGCUUGUAUUUAUUUUAAAAUUUAUAUUAGCUUUUAUGGAUUCUUCCUUCAUUUGAAAACUUCCAUUCAUGUUCUGGAAGCUGUUCUGAGAAGGAGGCAUAGAAAUGAAUAGACCAAAUCAAAAAUAAUUGCCUAAAUGUUUUGCUAUGUGAAAAGCUCAAUAUCUUGCAUAAGGUGAUUUUUAAUGACAAUCAUUGAAGAAAGCAAUAUUUACUUUCUGUGGAAGUUGUAAAAUGUAAACUUGGAGCCAAUCCAGUAGCAUAUAUAGUUCAGGGAUAUAUAUAGGGGCAGUGCUGGACUUGCAAAUUUAUGGGGAAAGCUCAGCAAGUUCUGGCCUACUUCUCCAGUGCUGGUAAUAGAUUUGUCCCUCUGGUCAAACUAGUUGAUCAUCUUCUGUAUUAUGUUGUUUUACAACAAAUCCCAUGUUAAUAUUAAUUUUGUAUGCAUUUUGUAAACAUGGUUUUCAAGCAUUAGUAUGGUUAUUUCAGUAUAUUACUGGCAUAAAUCAUUAAAAGGCACUCAUUUGAGCCUAUUUAUAUUAAUUUUAUAUUUUAGUAAGAUUUGUUUGUACCAAUGAACAAAUAAUGUUCACGAAUAUAUUAAAGUACCAUUUUUGUAUUUUUGUAAUUUUUAGGCUGCUAUUUCUGAACAUGUUUAGGAUUUUUUAAGUCUUUUUGGAUAAUAGGUAUGUCAUCUAAAAAAUUUUAUAAUCGGAUUUUAAAAAGAAGUUUCUGUUGAAUAUAUUGGGUUCAAUUCUACCAGGUUUUAUGCUACUGCAAGAAGGGUGGAAAGCAAUCUUGCCAAAUCCCUUCUUCACUACAGCCUUGACCAUAUGGCAUUUUUGUCAUCUUGGAUUUCAUGAUGCUCAGAAUAAUUUUUUCAGGAGUCAAAAGGGGCCCUUUUACCUUCUUGCGCCAGUGAAAUACCUGGUAGGAUCCAACUCAUUGUAUGUAGGUAUCUUGUUCCACCAUAGUAUGAACCUGACUAGUAGUGGAUACCAGAAACGAUCCUUGCAGUAUUUCUGGCAUGCUCUUUAAAGAGAAAGGAACUGUAUGCUAUGCUGAGAUGCAAAUAGUAUGCAAAUUUCAAGUGCUCAUGGUGCUUACCAGUUCUUACUAGUUUGACUGGAUAACAAUUUGGAUAACAUUUUUCCAAUUCUAUGUAGAGGAAGUAGUUAAAUGCAAUUUAUGUUAGCAGCAACCUUCUGCUUUUCUGUUUGCUGUAUUUGCUGUGUAGUGGAAAACUUCAUUGGCUGAGGUCUGCUGUGCAGUAAGGAAUGGGUGAAAUGUUCCAGCAAUUUGCUGCCACUAAUUAGAUCCAGUUCCUUUUAAUAGUGCUUUGAGUGUCUGCUGAUCAAAAAUAGCGGUUCUCAUUCUUUAAUUAUUUCAUGCAAGAUUUUAUCUUCUCCUUCACCAGUAAAGAGAGUUUCAGGUGGGUAGUCAUGUUGGUCUGCAGUAGAACAGCAAGAUUUAAGUCCAAUAGAGAUUUAAGUCCAAUAAAGACCAACAACAUUUCCAGGGUAUAAGCUUUCGAGAGUCAUUUGACAAAGGGAGCUUGAUUCUCAAAGAGGUAUACCCUGGAAAUCUUGUUGGUCUUUAAGGAGCUGCUGGACUUGAAUCUUGCUCUUUACCAGUAAAGAAAUUCAUACAUUUCCUGCACUGAGAGUAGUUGAUCACACACCUGCAGUGGUCUACUGUUGGGGAAAAGUGUCAUGGAAACUACUUUGUAGUUAUCUGAGCUCAAGCAAAGAUGGAGAAUUUUUUUGAAAAGAGGAAACUAUAACUGUUGUUCUUCUAGGUUUUCAUGCAGGCACACAUUGGGAACUGCACUUGCUCAGGCCAGCUGCUCAGAACAGUAUUUUCUUAGCUUUUAGACUACUGAGGGGGUGACCUUCCCCCUGGACUGCUCCAGAGCAUUUUUUCCCACCCCAAACAGUAACAUGGUUUAGAGAGGUCACCCCCUUUUCCUCUCAGUUCUCCUGUGCCUCUGUGAACCCAUCAACAGCAAACUGCAGAGAGCUCACAGCAGGACAGGAGGGAGGGAAUGUGUGCCUGCACAAAGACCUAGAUGAACAACAGUUACAGGUAGUGCAACUCUGUUCUCAUCUACAGUCUUCAGUGUAGUCCCACACUGGGAUAGUAUCAAGUUACUCACCAAGAAGGUAGUGGGACGCUCUCAGAUGAAGAGAUUGUAGGACAGCUUUACCCACUGCUGUCUGUCUUCUAGAGUUAGCAUCCACUGAAGGCCAUGUAGCCAUCCGGCAGAUGUCCACCAGCAGCACCCUUUGAAGGAAUGUAGCAGAGGCAGUUUGUGCUAUUGUUGGAUGGGCACAGAGUAAAUGGGCAAGGAACUGGAGCAGACUCAUAACACAUUUUAAUAGCAAGUUAUUACCUAUCUAGAUAUCGUCUGAGAUGAUGCAACUUUUCCUUUAUUGAGGCCAGAAUGGCAAACAAGAAAUGUGGAAUCCUUCUGAAAAGAUUUGACUUCUGUCCAUAUAAAAUAAAACAGCUCUCUUCACA